GAAUCGGUAUUGUUUUGUGUGUGCAUCACGGGCUUAUGAAAAUAGUAUCAAUUCGGCGUUCGUUUCAAGAGACUUAGUUAAUGAUCUUUUGAGCAAUCGGUUGUUAAGUGUGAGCUUAUUUUGUGAGUCUGCGUAUGUGUGUGUGUGACUCUUUGAUUAAUGUGUCAAAUUGCGUGAAUAAUCCGUUUUAAUUAAGCUGUUUGUAUUCCGAUUGUGUUCAUCUCUCGUUGACAUUGGCCAAUAUUUAAGAUUUAUAUUCAAAUUAUAUAGCUGAACAAAUAUAGAUAAACAAAAAUGCAGACCAUAUCGUGGAAAUGCUUAGCUUUAAUUGCCAUCGCGCUGUGCUCACUUGCUAUGGCUGUGCCAGUGCCCCAAGAAUCAGAAGAUUCACCCAAUCCUGUUGUUGACCUAGAGGGCGUCCAGGUCGAGAAAGAUCUUACAAAGCGAGCUUUCGGUCCAGACGUUGGUUUCGGAAUCAAAAAUGCCAUUCUUGGCUACGUAUUUGGUAAAAUCGAUGGUAUUCUCGACGCUAAAACGCAAGCAUUGAAUGCAUUUGACGCAACAAAUGCUGCGAAAAAUGCUGCAGCCGGUAUAACUCCACCAGUACCAAUCACCUCACUUCAACAAUUGUUGUCAGCCGUCAUCCAACCGAAAAUUGCGGCCAUCACCGCGAAAUUUGGCGCUCUUAGCGGCAGUUCAGCCGGUGGUCUGGGUGGAUUGAGCGGAGGUUCUAGCGGCGGCGGUAAUGUACCAGUUCCAUCACCCGACUCAGACGAUGCAACCGAUGAUCAUGCUGAUUUGAGCGAUGAUGGUGCUGUAGUUGCUUCAGGUGGCUCAGGAAACAUAAUUUCAUCAUUCUUGAAACUCUCUGGUCCAAUUUUGUCAUCAUCAUCAGCCGGUGCCAAGGGCGGUCAAUUAGUUCCAGUCGACGAUAAUGAAGAAUAAAACCUCAUUUUUGAUUCGUAUUUUGUUUAAAACUACAGCAGGAAGAAUGAUUUCAAUACGAAAUGCCAAAAUUUUGUUCAUUUGUUUUUUUUUUUUUUUUUGAUCAAAAAAAGAAAUUUUGUACGUUAAUUUUUUUGUAUGUUAAUUUAUAAAAGAGAUAAAAAAAAAACCAUUUCAAAUAUUCGGAAGCAAGUCGAUCAAAAUUGUAUGCCGCGUUGAAAAUCGAUUUGUAAAUAUAUCUGUGUCUAGCGUUAGUUCUAAUUUAAAUAUAAACUUUAGGCCUCUCACACACCCGAAUCAAUGAGGAAAUUUAUCUCGGAACUGUUUCAGAAUGAAAUGAAUGACAGCAUACAAAAAAAAUGCAAAAUAUUUCAACGGUAGAUGAUUGUUGUAAUCUGCUCAACUUAGCAAAGAAUUUACUUGUACUGUAUAGGAACUAUUGUGACGGAAUAUAAUAAGAAUUAGUUGACCCUCUGAUGAGAUAUACGAUUUUUAUUUUGUAAAUAAGCUAUAAACGAAAGAAAAGAAAUUGUGUUAAAUAAAAAUUGGAACUAUUGGACCAUACACAUUGAUGAGACGGACGAAAUGCUAAA